AUGGCAGACACCGCAUGCGCCGGCGCGCAGCUCCCCGGCACCGCAUGCGCCGGCAUCGCCGGCGCACACCGCAUGCGCCAGCACCGCCUGCUGCGCGCACCGCAUGCGCGGGCCUCCGCGCCAGGGAAGCUCUCGACUCCCAGGAGGGCCUUCGGGCGCCCCAAGUUUCUCGAGCACGCCGAGCGCAGGCCGCUCGACGGCCACGGGAACGCCGCGCAGGGCCUCGCCCGCGAUCUCGGCCCCCAGAGUGUCCGCAGGCCUCGUGGGCUCCGCUCGUCGUCGCUGACUCUCAACGAGCUGCCCGACCUGAAGAGCCUCGCCACGGAGGCCCCUACCCGACGUGGCCUGACAGGCCGGCUCGUGGGCGAUUCGUUCACGUCGCCCGAGCUGCCCCAGAUGGGGCGGGCCAUCAGCGAGGAGUCCGGCGCCGCCGAGGUCUUCCUCGGGCCGCCCGACCCCUACGGCCUCAAGAGGACCUACUUUGGGGCCAGGGCGGGUCCGCGCGUCAGCUUCGUCCCGCCCUCGCGCACGCCCUCGAGAGUGGAGGCGGCCGCCUAG